CUGUACAAUCUUUUGUUUCAGAAAAUGUUGUCCCUCCUCAGAGUUUUAAUAGAACAUUGAAUCUUACAACCCGUACACCAAGAAAAAUAACCAUUAAAUACUAAACCAAUGAACUCAAAGCUCUUCUUCACCCCAACAACUCUUCAGUGAAAAUUGAUGACACAAGACCAAUUAAGCUAAUUGUGUUAAGGUGCAUAACUAUAUAAGGAAUAAACUGAACGGUAGGGACAAUCACAGAGGGAGGGGUUUUUGCAUCAACCAACUGCAAUGGGCGUGAUUUUGUUCCAUUAUAAAGUGAGGAACUUGGGCAGAUUGAAAAGAAACAACAGACAGAUGGGAUCAACCUAUCCAGACGGGCUGACACAAGGGAUGGCUUCUUCAGAUUCUUUUCACAUAACUGACCUGUUCGGGAAGGAUAAUCACGGAGGGUAUCGAAUUCCUGCACUGCUCCACAUUCCAAACUCAAACACACUUUUGGCAUUUGCGGAGAGGAGACUCGGCUCCAAAGAUGAAAAUGCUGAUGUGUUUUACCUGCGCAGGGGCACCUAUGUCAAAUCUUCAAAGAACUUUCAGUGGGAGGGUGCAAAAUCUAUCCAGUCUGCACAACUAGAGCAACACCGAUCCAUGAAUCCUUGUCCCGUCUAUGAGAAAAAGACAGACACUGUCUUUCUCUUCUUCAUUGCAGUCGAACGAUCAAAGAGUGAGCAAGAUCAAAUCAGGAGUAGAAAAAAUGCCGCACGACUUUGUUACGUUACCAGUAAGGACAAAGGGCAGACCUGGAGUGAAACUAAUGAUCUAACAGAGUAUACCAUAGGUCACACCAUCAAUAAGUGGGCAACAUUUGCUGUGGGUCCAGGCCACGGCAUUCAGCUAAGGAAUGGCUGUCUUGUUAUCCCUGCCAGUGCUCAUGAGAUACAGUCCAAUAACCAAGUCAGGGUACGGGCUUUCACUUUCUUUAGUGAUGAUCAUGGAGAGUCCUGGCAGUUUGGGAACUUUGUUUCUGGGGAGGAGUGUGGGGAAUGUCAGAUGGUAUUGAUGGAUCAAGGCAAUGCAUCCAGUGAGCAAGCUUUAAUGUAUUGCAAUGCUCGGAGCAAUGAGCAUGGUGAGAAACAGUAUCGGGUGGAAGCUUUCAGUAAGGAUGGUGGAAAAACCUUCACAGAAGGGCAACUGAGAAAACAGCUGGUUGAACCUCCAGGAGGUUGCCAUGGCAGCAUCAUCAGUUUUCCUGCCUCAGAUAUUUCACAUGUCAAAAACUACCUUGACAUUAAACAGUAUCACUCUCAAAGGGGAGAUGAUUCCUCAGAUUUUGACAUUAUAUUGUUCUCCCACACCACAAACUCCACAUCACGGAAGGAUUUAGGAAUUUACCUUGGUACCUAUUCUGGUAGUCCUCAAGCCUGGACAAUUCCUUGGGUCAUUAUCCACGGUGAAUGUGCCUACUCGGAACUGGCAUUUGUGAAACUUCCUGAGGAAAGAAAUCCUAUGGUUACUUGUUUAUUUGAACUUGGGCCUAUAAAUGAUAAGAUCUCAUUUUGUGUUUUGCAAAUUGAUGAUAUCAUUCAGAACACUGUAAAGAAAAUGCUCUGAUCUUGGGAAUCCAGAAGCAGAUACAUCCAUAAUUUGAGGAUACAUUUUCUCGGCUCACAAAUUGUACGUUAAUCAUUUGUAAAAGCCUUGUGGUAUGUUAACUGAAGCAAAGGAACUUUGUAAUGCUUGCUAACUUUGAAAUGAAAAUGCAGAUAUAGCCACUGAAGCACUAUUAUUAAAUGCAGACAAUCGCUGCACAAGCCUAUUAGUAAUUUUACAAUGCUUACUGCUACAAUUUAAACAUUCUCCCAGCAUUGUUUUGCUUGCAGCAGGGAGUCAGAUUCCACCUGCAGAUACCAGAGAUCACGUGGAAAAAUCUCCACAUUCUCUAUUUAAGUCAAAGGUAGAGAAGAGCAGUUAGAUUGCUAAUUUUUGCUGAAAAUAAAUGAUUUAUUUAAUAAUGUAGUUCAUGCACAGAAGGAGUAAAUCUUUAAUAACCUAUUAUUAAAAAAGGAUCAGUCUAUUAAAGAUAGAAAUACCUUUAUUACUACUACUUGUGGAGUUUAUCAUGAAUGAAAGCUUCUGCAAUGUUUUGGCCCCCGAGAAUGCCGUGGUCAAGCAUAGAUGAUGCAAAGUUGGAUUUGGUUUCUCCAAUGCAGAGGAUGCCACACUGCCAAUUAAAGGAAUUGCAAGUAAUCAUUGAUUCACCUGGAAGGAAUAUUUGGUUCCCUCAAACUGAGCUCAUGAUUAAACCACAAUUUCUAAUAUCUGCAGCAACGGAAAGUUGUGUUCAUGAUGAUGGUGGAAGUAUUACCCAGUCAGCCUUAAAAGUCCAACAGUAAUGUAGUAUUUACCUGUAUUAAAACACAUUCUGCUGAAGUUUUCAGCUUUCCUCUCCCAUUUGUAAACUUAACUACCGCAAUCAGUAAUAAACAUUUG